AUGUUGUGUCUUUUGGAAACUCAUCUAUCGGGUCCAAAGGCGAAUAAGAUUGCAAAGAGAUUUGGUUUCUCAGAUUGGUUUCUUAAAGAAUGUAUUAGUUUUUCAGGGGGCAUCUGGAUUUUAUGGAAUUCAAAUUUUUGGAAUGUUGAGGUCCUUAUGUCUCAUAGACAAUAUGUCCACAUGAAACUUAGAUAUGGUUUGGAAAGUCCUUGGUAUUUUACGGUUGUUUAUGGCUCCCCACAAAUUAGGCUGAGAACUAGUUUAUGGGAAGGUCUGAAAAGUAUUGCUGAUAAUUUGACUAGUGAGUGGUGUGUAGGAGGGGACUUUAAUUGUGUCUUAUCUGCUACCGAUACAGGGGGUAACUCUGGUCUCUCUAGAGACCAUGAUUGUUUUGCGGAUUGCCUGUUAGAGUGUGGGUUGCAGGACCUGGGCUUUAAAGGUCAGCCGUUUACCUGGCAAAAAGGAAUUAUUAGAAGACGGUUGGAUAAAUACACAAACUGGAAGGAUGAAAUUUCUUUGGACCGAAAUGUGACUAAUUUUAUGGAAGCCGCAAAGGUUUGGAACAAGGAAGUUUUUAGUGAUAUUCAUCGGAAAAAGAAUAGAAUUUUGGCCAGACUGAAUGGUAUCUCCUUGAAACUUGGUUUCGAAAUAAACUAUGGGGAUCGCAAUACCUCCUACUUCCACAAUUUGGCAACUGCUAGAAGACAGAGAAACAGAGUGACAAUGCUUAAGAACCAACAUGGUGAGUGGGUAGAUGACACAUUUCAGCUUCAGCAAUUGGGCAUGAACCACUUUCUUUCACUUUAUGCUGAUGAUCAGCCAUAUGAGAAGUUAGUAGCUUCCGGUCUGUUCCCUACUUUGACGUCCGAAGAGGUUGGGCGCCUAGAUCGUAUGGUUGCAGUGGAAGAAGUAUUUGCGGCUAUCUUUUCUAUGGGAGCUUGGAAAGCCCCGGGACCAGACGGUCUUCCCCCUAUGUUUUACCAGAGCAACUGGAGCCUUGUGAAGACCUCAGUUGAAAAUUGGGUGAAAAAGGUGUUUGUGGAUCAUGCAGAAAUAAAGAAGGUUAAUAAUACCUAUAUUUCUCUGAUUCCGAAAAGGGAGGUUCCUGAGAAUUUUAGCCACUUUUGA